AUGAACUCAGGCGACAAAAAUGACUAUGCUAGCAGAGAAAUGGCUUGUUAUGCAUCAUCCCUAACCAUCAAAAGUGUGGUUGCAGCUGACUUUGGGAAAUACACAUGUAACUUUUCACAUCACACAGUAGACGAGAACAACUACUACAACAGAGGAGUCAGUUCACUGCAAAACAUAACCCUUUACAAUGUAAACGACACAAGCAUCAAACAGAACACAAAAGUAGAGUACUUUGAGAAGUUUUACACGAAAGGGCUAAAAGAUAAGAUGUUGUUGCAGUGUGUUGUUACCGGUGGGGAGCUACAGUGGUAUGUUAACCCCUUCAAAAACGUCAUGUCUUUUGGUAUUUACCCUGAGAGUGGUUCUGUUUCAGCCACAAGUUCCUUACCCUGCUCAACCAAACCAAGUUUACCCAGCACAACCGGUUCAACCUCAGGUACCUUACACAGCACAACCAGUUCAAGCUCAGGAGUACUCACUCCGGUGGUCGUUAGAUCUCUGGUGAAGCUUAGAGGCGUAGAAUCCGACAAGGUUCAACGUGGUGGCUACUCCGGGAAGUACUGCGACAGUGGUGUAUCAUCAUCAGCCGCUCGAGGCACAACAAGUUCAAGCUCAGGUGCCUUACCCAGCACAACAAGUUCAAGCUCAGGUACCUUACCCAGCACAACAAGUUCAACUCUAGACUCCUUACUCUCUGACUUUGGGAAAUACACAUGUAACUUUUCACAUCACACAGUAGACGAGGACGGCUACUACAACAGAGGUGGCAGUUCACUGCAAAACAUAACCCUUUACAAUGUAAACGACACAAGCAUCCAACAGAACAGAAAAGUAGAGUACUUUGAGAAGUUUUACACGAAAGGGCUGAAAGAUAAGAUGUUGUUGCAGUGUGUUGUAACCAGUGGGGAGCUACAGUGGUAUGUUAAUCCCUUUGAAAACGACACGUGUUACGACCCGACUUUCUACUGUGAGAGUGGUUCUGUUUCAACCACAAGUUCCUGCUCAACCAAACCAAGUUUACCCAGCACAACCGGUUCAAGCUCAGGCACCUUAUCCAGCACAACCGGUUCAAGCUCAGGUACCUUACCCGGCACAACCGGUUCAAGCUCAGGUACCUUAUCCAGCACAACCGGUUCAAGCUCAGGUACCUUAUCCAGCACAACCGGUUCAAGCUCAGGUACCUUAUCCAGCACAACAAGUUCAAGCUCAGGUACCUUACCCAGCACAACAAGUUCAACUCUAGGCUACUUACUCUGUUAG